UAAAUAACCAGAAAUCAGAAUUUUGAAUGAAAAAUCAAAAGGUAACUUUAGUUAAUUACUAUAAUUAAGGUGAUUUUGUUGACCUACUUUCUGAAAAAACCAAAAUAAAAUCUUUCUUUCCCCUAAAUCCUCUUUGAUUUUAUUUUUCCUCUCAAUUCUUCGCUAAUCCUUUGCCUUCCUCACAAUUCCUCUCUCCUUCCAAAUCCCAACGAUUUUCAAUUACCUCUUCUUCAAUGAUUUGUCACUAAAAUGCGCACCCUGUGCACAGCUUUACCAGCGAAGGGAAAAAAACUCAAAAUUUUCUUAUCAAACUUUUCUUUUUUUUGUCUGAACUUUCUUCAACAUUGUUUCAGUGAAACAAUGAAUAACCAUCAAUACUCAAGAUAAGCGUGGAAAUUCUACUAAAAUUACCAUUCUGUGGUAUUAUCUAUUCAUUUCACUUUACUUUUCCUUCAAAUACUCUCCUGGAUUUCUUUUUUCAGAGACACUUUUCUAGGGCUCAACUAAAGCAGCUUGGAUCUGUUCAAAAUUUUUAGGGUUUAAAAGAGAAAAUAUUUCUUCAUUUGUUUUAUCGUAACUGAGAUUUUUCACUCAGUUUCAAGUCGAACGAUGAGAUUAAAGAAACUUCCAAUUGAACGGCUGAGAAUUAUUUUACUCUGAUUAUUCAGAGAUUUCGUCAAUUUCGGGAAAAGUUAAGUUUUUUCCGAGAUUUUCGCGUCGGUGAUAUAGUAUUUGCGCUCAGCUUUGGAGAAGAGGAAGAGAUGGUGGCAGAACCUUGGAUUCUGAAAAUGGGGAAUCAAGUAAGUAAUAAUCUUAAAAGUGCUUUACUUUUAGAUCAUACAUCAAAGAAAAAGAACAACAACAAGAAACCAGAACAUAAGGAAACAAUUGGGAUUCUUUCGUUUGAAGUAGCAAAUAUAAUGUCGAAAACUGUGCAUCUCCACAAAUCUUUAACUGAUCAAGAAAUCUCUAAGCUGAAAAAUGAGAUCUUGAAUUCAGAAGGCGUGAAAACCGUAGUAUCAUCUGAUGAAUUAUACUUAAUAGAAUUAUUAAUUGCUGAAAAACUCGAUGAUUUAAAUCAUAUUGCCUCUGUUAUAUCACGAUUAGGAAAGAAAUGUACUGAAUCUGCAUUGCAAGGAUUUGAACAUGUUUAUGCUGAUAUUAUGACUGGUGUUAUUGAUGUUAAAGAGUUGGGUUUUUUAGUUAAAGAUAUGGACGGUAUGAUUAGGAAAAUGGAGAGAUUUGUGAAUGCAACAUCGAGUUUAUACAAUGAAAUGCAAGUUUUGAAUGAAUUAGAACAAGCGUCGAAAAAGUUUCAGUUAACUCAACAUGAAGAGACUUGGAGAGCUUAUGAACAGAAAUUGAUUUGGCAAGGCCAAGAUAUUAGGCAUCUUAGAGAUAUUUCAUUAUGGAAUCAAACUUAUGAUAAGAUUGUUGCAUUAUUGGUGAGAACUGUUUGUACAAUUUACGCCAGGAUUUGUGCUGUGUUUGGGGAUUCAGUUUCAAGGUCAGAUGUCUCCAACCUUUUGGCUUUAGGGUCAGAGUUUUCUUUCGGAGGUGCUGUUGGAGGUUCGGUUUCGCCUUCUACUCAGGGUCAAAGUGGCCCGUUUUUGAGUCGUCUAAGUGGAAGCCGACAUUCUCAGACGAUUAGUGAUCCAUUACAACCAGCUUCAAGGAAGACUAGUGUUCAGAAUUCAGGACAAAUCAAGAGAUUACCCGUGGAGAUAAAAGGGGCACAUUCUAGGCCUACGCCGACAAAACCAGGUGAUCUUACUUUUCGUCCAGAGUAUUCCAACUUUCCUUGUGGAAGUAGCCCUGGGAGACUUUUCAUGGAUUGUCUUAGUUUGAGCAGUUCAGCUUCGGCAGAGCUAGAUGAUGAAAUUGAGAAUGUUUGCCAAAAUAAUGACCAGGCUUUGGGUAUUCAUAGUGUUAGUAUUAAUGGGUUGAGGAGAGAUCAAACAUACUUUUCUGGUUGUUCUAGCCGGGUUGCUGUUGGUGUCCCUUCCGACAGAGAUCAAAGACAGCCUAAGUCUAAUAUGACCAACAGAACCCAGUUUGUUCUGAAGAGUAGGUUAACAGUGAAUGCUCCUCCUUCCACUAUUGGAGGUUCUGCUCUGGCUUUGCAUUAUGCGAAUGUUAUCAUUGUUAUUGAGAAAUUCCUUCGAUACCCACAUUUAGUUGGCGAAGAAGCAAGAGAUGAUCUAUAUCAAAUGUUGCCAGGAAGCUUAAGAAAAUCUUUGAAGACUAAUUUAAAGUCUUACUUUAAAAAUAUGGCUAUCUAUGAUGCUCCUCUUGCUCAUGAUUGGAGGGAAAAACUCGACAAAAUGUUAGCAUGGUUUUCACCAUUAGCUCACAACAUGAUCAGGUGGCAAACAGAACGUAAUUUGGAGCAGCAACAAAUUAUCACGAGAACAAACGUUCUCCUUCUUCAAACAUUGUAUUUUGCCGACAGGGAAAAAACAGAAGCAGCCAUUUGCCAACUUCUUGUUGGGCUCAACUAUAUUUGUCGCUAUGAACAUCAACAGAACGCUUUAUUAGACUGUGCAAGCAGUUUUGAUUUUGAUGAAUGCGUAGACUGGAGGUGGCAAGAUACUUUUCUGUGACAUCAAGCUAGUAAAAUAUGAUUAUUGUAUGGUAUUCAAAGCUCUGAUUUUAUAUUGUACAUAAAUUCCAGUUUUUUUUUUCUUCAGAAAAGAGGAUCUCUUUUCUAUGGUUUGUGUAAUACGUAAGAAAAUUAAUGGUGCCAUUGUUUAUUGGUAGGUCGUUCCUCA